AUUUGACACUUCAAAUAUUAUUCCUUGAGUCGGUUUAUCAAGUGACCCACCGUCCAUCCAUCAUAGAUUGCUUCCUUCAAUUUUCUCCUUCAGUCUUUAGGUAACUCCUACCAAGUCAUAGUGACAAGUGCUCGCUCGCCACUCCGCAAAGGGUUCUUUCAUUUCUCUAGGGAAUUUCACCUUUUCUUCCACUGCUCUGCCUAUAGUCCCGAACUUCACCUAUGAGUUCGGCAUUCAUCAUAGUUAUAUAUUUACUAUGGCUUGCAUCAACAUUGACACUCGUAAGUGGAGCAUCAAGAAAAGUAGCCUCAAACCCUGAGGUUGUGAAUAUUGGAGCUGUUUUCACAUUUAAAACUAUAAAUGGACGAGUUUCUAAGAUUGCCAUCAAAGCUGCAGAGAAAGAUGUGAAUUCCGAUCCACGUAUCCUUGGUGGACGCAAAUUGAACAUAACCCUGCAUGAUUCCAACUUCAAUGGUUUUCUUGGCUUCAUUGGAGCGCUCAAGUUCUUGGAGAGAGACUCGGUUGCUAUCAUUGGUCCACAAAGUUCAGUAAUGGCCCCUGUGCUCUCGCAUUUGGCAAAUGAACUCCAUGUUCCUCUUCUGUCAUUUACAGCUCUGGAUCCUACCCUGUCACCUCUGCAGUACCCUUAUUUUCUGCAAACAGCUCCCAAUGAUCAAUUCCAGAUGACUGCAGUGGCAGACAUGAUUAGCUAUUUUGGUUGGAGAGAGAUUAUUGCUGUUUAUAGUGAUGAUGAUCAAAGUCGAAAUGGGAUCACUGUAUUGGGAGAUAAACUUGCUGAAAGGCGGUGUAAGAUAUCUUACAAAGCAACACUGCCCCCUGAUCCAACUGCUAGUCGAAAUGAUAUUACUAUUCAGUUGACCAAGGUUCGAAGUAUGGAGUCCAGAGUGAUUGUUCUUCACACCUUCUCCCUGACAGGUCUCUUGGUUUUUGAUGUGGCUCAGAAAUUAGGAAUGAUGAAUGAAGGUUAUGUCUGGAUAGCAUCUUCUUGGUUAUCAACUGUUUUAGACUCAACUUCACCACUUUCUUUGAAUACUUCUAACUCAAUCCAAGGAGUUCUUACACUUCGCCCUCACACCCCGCAAUCAAAAAGAAAACAGACCCUUAUGUCCAGGUGGAACCAGAUAAGUAAUGGUUCAGUUGGGUUGAAUCCAUAUGGCCUCUAUGCUUAUGAUUCUGUUUGGAUCAUUGCUCUUGCGUUGAAAUCAUUUUUUGAUCAGAAUGGUAAUCUUUCAUUCUCUAACAACACAAUUCUAAACAGUAUGAGAGGGGAGACUCUGGAUCUUGGUGCACUGAGCGUUUUUAAUGGAGGGAAACAAUUGCUUGAUAACAUACUGCGCAUUAACAUGACUGGAUUGACAGGACCUAUUCAAUUUGGUUUAGAUAGAUCCCCCUUAAAUCCAUCAUAUGACAUCCUCAACGUAAUCAAUAGUAGUUAUAGGAAAAUCGGGUACUGGUCUAAUUAUUCUGGGCUAUCUGUUAUUCCUCCAGAGAAACUUCACACUAAGCGAGCCAACCGAUCAAUUUUAAACCAACAUCUGUCCAAUAUAACUUGGCCUGGUGGUACAACAGAAAAGCCUCGGGGAUGGGUUUUUCCAAAUAACGGAAGACAGCUAAGAAUCGGCAUCCCCAAUCGAGUUAGUUAUCAGAACAUGGUCUCGCAAAUAAAUGGUACCAAUAAAGUUCAAGGAUACUGCAUAGAUGUCUUCCUGGCUGCCAUUAAAUUGCUACCAUAUGCAGUUCCAUACAAGUUUGUUCUGUUUGGAGAUGGACAUGAGAACCCCAACUACUAUGAACUUGUCAAUAAGAUUAAUUCUGAUGUGUUUGAUGCUGCUGUAGGUGACAUUGCCAUUGUCACUGACAGAACAAAGAUUGCAGAUUUCACUCAACCAUAUAUAGAGUCAGGACUUGUUGUUGUUACCAAAGUAAAACAAUUGAAGUCAAGUGCUUGGGCUUUCUUGCGACCUUUUACUCCAUUAAUGUGGGCUGUCACAGCUGUUUUCUUCCUCAUUGUUGGAGCAGUUGUGUGGAUUCUUGAACAUAGAACAAACGAUGAGUUCCGGGGGCCUCCUAGGAAACAAGUUGUUACAGUUCUUUGGUUUAGCCUCUCUACCAUGUUCUUUGCACACAGAGAGAACACAGUUAGUGCACUUGGUCGUAUUGUGCUAAUCAUUUGGCUUUUUGUGGUCCUGGUAAUCAAUUCAAGUUAUACUGCAAGCCUAACGUCAAUUCUCACUGUGCAACAACUUUCCUCACCAAUAACAGGAAUUGAUACAUUGAUAACCAGUAAUGAACGUAUAGGCUUUCAAGUAGGAUCAUUUGCUGAAAACUAUCUUAGUCAGGAACUCAACAUCCCGAAAUAUAGGCUUAUUCCUCUUGGUUCACCAGAAGAAUAUGCUAUUGCUCUCGAGAAGGGAACUGUCGCAGCUGUUGUUGAUGAACGACCAUAUGUUGAACUCUUCAUGGCAAAUCACUGCAAAUUCUCCAUUAGAGGCCAAGAAUUCACCAAAAGUGGAUGGGGAUUUGCGUUCCCAAGGGACUCUCCUUUAUCCAUUGAUAUGUCAACUGCCAUUCUUACUCUGUCUGAAAAUGGUGAACUCCAGAAGAUUCAUGAGAGGUGGCUCUCGACACGGGCCUGUGAGUUUAAGGGUACAGAGGAGGGAUCUGAGCAACUUCAGUUACAAAGCUUUUGGGGCCUGUUCAUGUUAUGUGGGAUAGUAAGUUUGGUAGCGCUUCUUGUCUAUUUCAUCUUGAUGGUUCAACAAUUCUGCCGUGACUUCCCCAAAAAUGGCGAGCCCUCCAAUGGUAGCAGCUCACGCUCUGUUCGCAUCCAAACGUUUCUAAGUUUUGCUGAUGAAAAAGAAGACAUGUCACAAAGAAAGCUUAAAAGAAAACGCAAGGAUUUUUCAUAGAAUGCUUAUUAGAAAGAAUAGUUAUCAAACUCUACCCUCUUCGGGUCAUGUGGGUCAAAUAUCGUUGUAGUUAUAUAUCAGCUCUUAUGCUUAUCGAUAGUUUUCUUUUGGUAUCAGAAUCUGGAUAGAGAAUUAGCAUGUCUGGUAAGGACUUGUUUGGAAACACGUUUGUUAAAGGCAAAGUCAAAAACGUGUUUCCAAACAUAUAAGUUUGUUUGGAUAUUAAAUUAACUUUUAACUUUUUACA